GCUUCGGCUCGUCCAGCACGUCGCUCCCGCCCUACAUGACCUGGUGGUACGCGUACCACGGCCGCAUUGCGUUCGACGGCAAGAGCUGGCCUGCGUACUUUGGCGCCGUCUUCACGUCCGAGGGCCGCUACAUCAACAUCGGCCAGGGCGACCGCAUAAAGGUGGUGGACGCGUCUGGCAAGAUCAUGGCCAGCAAGUACUCGACUGGGCUACUCCGACUACUUACGCCAACCGCACGGCCGUCUGCAAGACGCACAGCAACCUCCGCACCAGACCUGGCGGCGUCGAACCUGGGCAUCGUGUCGGACUCACGUGCGUCGAGCAAGAAGUACUGGACCCCGGAGAGAAACCGUAACGGCGACAACGCCAAGGUGCACCUGAUCCACUUCGCUUUGAACGCAGCAUCCGGCGUGGACAUCAUCCUGGAUGGCACAGGCGCGGAAGAGUACGCUCCUCACCUGUUGUCCAUCGGUAGUGGUGGUGCAUGA